AUGCUAUUUAUCUCGAGCAAUGUAUUGGCCAGACUAACUUUUCUAUUUAUUGUGAUACUGAUAAAUGAAACCUCUGGAAAUCUUCUAGAGCAAGUCAUAUCACAGUACGGUCCUCAGGUAACGGCUAGUGGAUCAGCAUGCGUAUUAUACACUUCUCAACUAAGUUUAUCUGGAUAUGGAAAUAUCUCUCCUAAAGUUAGUAUUAAAAAGAUUAUUGAAAGCUCAGAGUACUGUAAAAAUAGGAUUAACAAUUUUCAGCCACCAACAAUAACUGAAGAAGCAUUAUUUAUAACUCUAGGACAAUAUGGCUACAGUGAAUAUGUUGAUAUAAUGGAAACUAUUAAAUUUGCGAAUAUUAUUGGUAAUGGUAUCUCAAACCCAAUUUUAGCGUAUAAUGAGAUAAUAAAAAAAAUAUCAGACCCUGAUUUUUGCAAUGAGUACGAAGUAUAUCUAAAAAUGGCUCUACCAUCCAGCUUUCCGAAAUUACAAUUGCCUUUGUCAAUGGAAAAGUGUUCCAAAUUUACUAGAAGGCUAAAAUCAAACGCAUUUUAUAUAUAUUGGAGUAAAGGGGGUAUUAUAAUAGAUCAGGCUAAUGAGCUACCCGAAGAAACAGUUUCAAAUGAUGAAAUUUUUUCCUCAGGUUCAGUUGAAAAAAGAGAUUUACAAGAAAAUAUAUUAGAUACAAGAAAUAAAGAAGAUAAUAUCUUAAAUGAACAAGUAGUUGUUGAACAAGAAGAAAUUUCCAAUAUAGAAAUUGGAAGUCCCCCCAAAAAGUCCAAGAGGCUGUAUUGUGGUUACAAUGAGUCAAAAACUACUCAAGCACCACCUGAAGAAAUUGAGUUACUCUCAGAUGUAUCUCCUCCAACUAAAGAGCAGCAACUCUCCAGGCGAAAAAACUGUCAUUUGAGGAAUAAACAUAUUUUUAAUGAGCAAGGUAGUCAGGCUAUUAAAAAAGAAAAGUGCUCAUGCAAAACAAGUAGAAGGAACAAAGAACCAAUUAUAGACUCAAUCCUUGAAGAGGAGAGUGUUGAUAUAAAUAAUAAUUUUGAACCUCAAAACAAACAAGAUGCAAGUGAAGAGUCCGUAAAUGAGAAUCUAUCGCAAUCUGGUACAACAGAUACAGUCCCUGGAGAAAAAAAAAGUUGCUAUAAAUACAAAAAAAAAGAUUUCAAAAGUACAGGGAACCAGGAUCAGAAGAAGUGUUUUAAUAUUAAGUGCAAGUCUACAAAAACUCCAGAACUAGGGGAUGAAGAAACAGCCUUGUGUAAUUCAAAUCUAGAUUCAAAUUCCUUUACUGUAGGUAAUGAAAAGAGGUCAUGCUAUAAAAAAAGAAAUCAAUAUAUUAGCUUAAACAGUAAAUCAAAAGAUCCUAAUGAAAAUUGUUGCAAAAAAAAAAAGAAAUAUAAAUUAUUUAGCCAAACUCCAAAUGUAAGCUUUGUUCCAGCAUGCUCAGAACUCCAAGGUUAA